AUGGAGAAAUUGCAUCUGGUAGCACUACUCGCAUUUGCUUCGGUUUACACAACCCUUGCGCUGGACUGGUACGCUCUAUCGCAGGCCAACUAUGCAGCCAUCCAAACUGGGUUGGCACAGCUCAACGAUGCUGCAACGCAGAUGAAUCAAUCAAUUAUCGAGCAGCGAAACCGUGUCCUGGCAGGUCUAGACAAUAUAGAUGAUUCUAUUCGGCAGUCCCUGUUCGUAUUGUGGGUCAAAUACCCGAAUUUGAAUCUCACUAUGGACCAGUUGAAGAACACUGCGAAUCAGAUUUUUAAGGCAGCCAACUAUAAACCGUAUGUUGCGUACAUCGCAGACGACUACAAGCAAAGUGUGACCAAUAAUGUAAUGAUUCCGGCUCAAACCAUCGUGCAGAAUAUUCUGACUGCCAUGACGACCUUCUACGCUCAGCAAUGGCAAAGUUGCGCUCAGAAGUACGCUCCGCAAUUGGUUCAGCCACAGAUGUCAGUCGGACGAUUGCAACAAUGUAUCAGUCUAGCGGUUCCUUAUUUUAAAGCGGUGUCUGACUCCGCCCUAGCAAUGUUUGACAGUGGCAAGAACGGAAUAACGACUAUUAUUAGCCUUUUGAACACGUGUUCGCCGACUUCUUCCGAUUGCGUAACGAAGUUUUUCAAUGACCUGCCGAACCUGCUGAAUAACAUAGUCAACGCCGUUUCGAGUCUGAGUGGAAUUCCUGCGUCGAUAAUUCAACCGGGGAAGCCAGCUGUUAAGGAAUGCGUUGAUUUGAUAACGGCAGAUGUCCAGGAUGCACUUCAAGGUCUUGUCAAUAAAACGAAUUCUUGUUGAUGUAUGGAUAUUCGUGAACAAUAAAGUUGAAUUUCAUUGGGAUUGGAAAUUAUUUUUCUUCAGAAUGA